AUGACGGGGUUAAAUGAGGGAAGGUCAUACCGUAGGCAAUUGUUUGAUGAGAUAUUUGAUUUUAGUGAAGAUGAUAGUUUGCUCGCUGAAGAUGUGGAGGAAGAUGAAUCAGCUGGUGAUCAAGAUAUGAACAAAGGAGGCAUUGGAGCAGUAGCAAACACUAAUGCUAUUGAAGAAGGUCCUCUGACAGGGAUGUUAUUUCCUUGUAUCAGCACUAUGUUCAACUUCUAUAAAGAACAUGCUAGAUUGAAAGGUUUUAGUAUUUUUAAAAGACCAGCAGUUAAUGUACGGGGUGGAUCUCGUAAAUAUCAAACAAUUAGUUGCGAUAAAGGAAGGAAAGCAAUUGGUGCAAAAUCAUCAAAAAAUUUGGAACCUUCUAUGUCUAGAUUGAUGGUUGCUCACAGGUCACUGAAUAUGGAUAUGAAGAGGAGAUUGGAGGCAAACGAUAUAGCUGGCAUAAGACCCGCAAAAAGCAUUAGGUUGCUUGAAGUUCAAGCAGGUGGACCAGAAAAUUUAAGCUGUUUGUCAAAGGAUUGUCGAAACUUCAUUGAGCGAAAGAGGAGGCUACGACUUGGUGAUGGUGAUGCUGAGGCUAUACGCAAGUUGUUUGUGAGAAUGCAACGAAACGAUCCUGAGUUUUUCUAUUCAUUUGAUCUUGAUGAUGAUUCCAGGCUUUCAAAUGUUCUAUGGGUUCAUUCUCGUAGUCGAGCUGCUUACGAGGAAUUCAGUGAUGUUGUUAGUUUUGACACUACUUACCUUGUUAAUCGAUACAAGUUGCCAUUUGCUACCAUUGUUGGAGUAAAUCAUAAUGGGCAAUCUAUUUUAUUAGGAUGCGCCUUAAUCUCACAUAAAGAUGCAAACACUUUUAAGUGGUUGUUCAAGACGUGGCUUGAAGCAAUGGGAGAUGUUCAUCCUAAUUCUAUUCUUAUAGAUCAAUGCGAGAACAUGAGGAAAGCCAUUAGGGAGGUAAUGCCUAAUACUAGACACAGAUUUUGCUUGUGGCAUAUAUUAUGCAAAGUACCUGAGAAGUUUAGGGGUGCUAUUGAUUAUGAUAGUGCAUGCCUUGAGUUUAAAGCUGUAAUAUAUGAUAGCUUAACCAUUGAGAUGUUUGAGAGAAAUUGGAAUGAGUUUGUGGUGAAGCAUGGGUUGGAAAGAAAUGAAUGGCUUUCCAAAUUAUAUGUUGAUAGGGAGUAUUGGGUUCCAAUUUAUCUCAAUCACACAUUUUGGGCUGGAAUGGUUUCGACUCAAAGGAGUGAGAGCAUGCAUGCAUAUUUUGAUGGGUAUGUUAACUCAAUGAGCACACUAAAGCAAUUUGUGGAGCAGUAUCAGAUUGCUAUGUGUGACAAGAUUGAAAAGGAGUUCUAUGCUGAUUUCAAAUCAAAAAACACAGUUGUAAAUUGCAUAUCUGUUUUUGAAUGGGAACAAUAG